UUUCAUUUCAUUUCAGUCAAGUUUCCAAAAAAAAAUAUUUUUACUUUUAAGAAAAUUUCUAUUUUAAUUAAAAAACAAUCCAUCACAAUACACAGAAAUGUCACAGAAAGGAAUCGAUAAGUUACUUGAUAAGAUCAAACAGAAUAUGAGCGAAAGAAAGUUUUAUGAGUCGCAUCAGCUUUGGCGAACUAUAUACUUUAGAUUACUAAAGCAAGAGCGUUAUAUUGAAUUAGCUGAAAUAUUGCUUGAUGGAGCAACAAAAUUGAGUGACGAAAAGCAAUUUCAGUCUGGAAGUGAUCUAGCAUUAUUACUGGUCGAAGUCCUAUCAAAACAUAAAUUUGAUGAUCCAAAUGAGUUUGACAAGUGGAUUUGUCAUGUUGCUGGAAUAAUCGAGAAAAUUGAUCAGAACAUUGUCGAACGAGAAACGCUGAUUGUAAGAACAAUCAAAUGGAGUUCAGCGGAAACAAAUUUAAAGAAUCCAACAUUACAUACACUCUUAGCCCGCAUUAUGUUAAAGGAAGAGAAUUAUGAGCAGGCACGAUAUCACUCAUUACUAUCAAAAAAUGGAUAUUUGUGUGCUAAAAUCUUAAUCCAGCAUAGUACGAAAGCAUACAAUAGUGAAAUUGAUAUGAUUAUCGUUCAAGUAGUGCUGAAUUUAUUAAUAUUGAAAGAUAAGAGUACAGCCGCUGAGACUUUUGAGUUCUAUACGAAAUUUCAUCCUAAAAUUAGAACAUCUCAACCACCUUACCGAACACCGCUCCUUAAUUUCGCUUAUUUCUUAUUAAACAUAAUUGAUGACAAGAAAUUACAAGCAUUUACGACUUUAUGUGAUUUAUAUCGUACAGCACUUACGCGUGAUUCUGAGUACGAAAAGAAAUUGGAGAAAAUUGGAACAUUUUAUUUUAAUGCUCCAGUUAAGAAGCAAGACAUGCGAUCAGGUGGAUUAUUUGGGGAUUUAUUUAAUCAGCUGUUUCAAGAAUUGGAAAAUGAUAGUGAUAGUGAUAGUAAUAUGCAAUUUUCAACAUCAUCCAUACUGUCAUCUAAUGUUGACCUUGACUAAAAGAAAGAGUUUUUAAUUAUUUUAUUAUUAUUAUUUAGGAUUUAUGAGGAAUUUGGUCAUAAGUCGUGCGAAAAAUCAGAUUGGAAUUGUGUUAAUUUGUUGCUAUU